GUAGUUGUUGUUUGAUUUUGAUGUUAUCGCAUUCUAUAGGCUUUUCACGGCAUAUAUUUCGAAGAAAUUGUCUGUGAUAUAUGAUCACUUAUCAUUAAGGUGGGCUGAAACCUUUUAUUCAUAAUUGCAUGGCAAUUGCGGUUUUUAACAAGGGCAUUUUAGAUCUUUGCUACCCCACGUCGAAGUAGCAGCAUUAUCAUAGGGCAGCCUUUCUUGGCGGUGGCUUACAUUCCAGCCGGAAUUUGUCUAUGUUGUGUCAUUUGCUAUUGUUCUGCUAUGUAUUCUUGUGUGUUGGUAGGCUUGUUUCAAUCAAACACCUGCUCCUGGUGUUUUCUACUCGUGGAAGUGUGAGCUUGUGGGUUAUCUUUCCUUCAGGAGUUUGAAACUAAAUGCCUGUCAUUUGUUGAUUAGCUUGGAGAUGGGUCAUUUGAUCAUAUGAUUCGAGAUUAAUCUUUCAGCUCUUCUCUUAUAUGGUAUACAAAAUUUUGAUUCAAGAAUAAAUAAGCUAACAGUUUGGGGUUCUUAUAUUGAUUUUAUAAUUGAUUAUCUGACCAUAUCUCUUAGAAGUGCCGAUUUGGUUGUUAAAUAAUGUGAAAGUUAUGCCCUGCGCUACCCACUUUUAUUAGUAUACCGUUUUUAUUGAUCUGGAUGUACUACAGAAUGGGGGUUUGAAUUCUUUGUUCUAAUUGAGUAAAACUCUAAGUUAGUUCAUAACUGAACUCGGUUUUAUUUUUUAUUUUUUUUAUUUUUAUCUAUUUGGGGCACUCUCCUUCUUGUCCCUUUUUCCUUUUUCUGUCGUCCUCAAUUAUUUGGUUAAUCAGUUUUAAGAUAGAGUGGUAUGGGUUCUGAGGGUUUGUCCUAGUUUCUAGGUGAUUUUUUGAGCUGUGGCUUCUUCCUUGAUUACUGGGCACGAGUAUAUCCCCUACAAUGACUUUUAAUUAACAAAAUUUUUCUAAAAAGCAUAAAUUCAUUGGAUAUGAAUAUGUAGCUACUUGUGUAGUGUGCAUAUCCAAUGCCUGUUUCCAAAAUGAAAAUGAAUGGGAGCCACAAAUUUGCAAUUUCGUUGGAGAAAAUCUCCAUAUUUAAGUGUUUCUUUUGACGCAGGAACUUCUACUAAUGGAAAAUGAGCUGUGAGCUUCUAUCUGGGCUCGCCAACAUCUGUGCAAAAUACUUAUUUUGGAAAGGAAACCUUCUUGCAUGCCUGCUCUCCUUCUACCCAAAGAUAGCAUCAUCCUGCAUUUUCUACACUCCGAUCAAUCCUUCACUCACUCACUUCAUCGCUUGCCACUUCACAAGAAUUCUCAUAGUGGAAUCAGUUCAUUUAUUAUGCCAUGCCUACGAACAAUGAUCAUAGGGGAUCAAUGAAAUCUGUCAUGCACCAACAACUGGUUAUAGUGGGAUCAAUGAAAUCUGUCAUCCUAUGUCUUCUGUUACUGAACUUGUGCUUUCUGAAUGGCGAAGCAUGCUUAGCAGUGACACCUCAGACCUGAAAUUUUGGAUUAAAACUUUUUACAUGCUACAAUCAUUAGUUCAUCAUGCAACGCCUCUACGGCCUUAUGUGCAUCAGCCCCUCUCUUAUAUGCAGGUUUUGCUUUUGUUUAUUUUAUGGAUGAGCAUGAUGCCGAAGAUGCUAUUCGUGGCAUUGAUAAUAGGCCAUUUGGUUAUGGCAGGCGUAGGCUCUCAGUGGAGUGGGCUAGGGGUGAACGUGGCCGCCCUAGAGAUGAAUCUAGGUCAGUGGCAAACCAGAGGCCCACUAAAACCUUGUUCGUAAUUAACUUUGAUCCGAAACGUACAACUGUUCGUGAUAUAGAAAGACACUUUGACGGUUAUGGAAAGAUCCUUCAUGUUCGAAUUCGACGGAACUUUGCAUUUGUACAGUUUGAGACUCAGGAGGAUGCUACCAAAGCCCUCGAGUGUACUCACAUGAGCAAGCUGUUAGACAGGGUAGUAUCUGUUGAAUAUGCUUUGAGGGAUGAUGAUGAGAAGGGAGACAGGUAUUAUGAUAGCCCUAGAAGAGGAGGGUAUGGUGGGCGUGGGUUUAGUCCUUACAGAAGAUCACCAAGUCCAGUGUAUCACAGGCGCCCAAGUCCUGAUUAUGGUCGGCCUCGCAGCCCUAUCUAUGACAGGUACAAUGGCCCAGUAUAUGACAAGCGCAGGAGUCCUGAUUAUGGUAGAAACAGAAGUCCUAUUUAUGGUAGGAACAGGAGCCCAGAAUAUGGCCGAUUCCGGAGCCGGUCACCUGUUAGAAGGUCAAGAACUUGAAGGAUUGUCCCCUGGUUCUUGGGAAGUAACAAAAACUGAACUUUUAUUACGGUACUCUUAGACUAAGGUACAUAUUUAAGAGGAGAAAGCAUUUCCGCACAUUACUUGGGUAUUUUCUGUUGAAUGCUUUAUGCCAUAAGGAUUUUGGGUUUAGGGGUGAUUAUGGAGAAAUUUAUGGAUUUUUAUUAGGCUUUUGAGUAUAUUUGCAGAACUUUGAAGUUUCAAUUACUCGAUGUUAUGUUUAAAGUGAUUCGCAUUUACAUUUCA